AUGAUGCAAGUGAGAUUCGUAUUUUUGGAAGAAGAAGAAAAUGUAUUUGGUAAUGGUAAUUUUAUGACCGACCAAGGAAUCCGGAACCUGACUUCAGAGGAAGCCACGAGGUUGGCAGGAGUGGACCCCGAUUUCCAAGGCCGAGAUCUGUUCGAAGCCAUCGAAAGGGGCGAUUACCCGUCCUGGACUUUAUAUAUACAAGUCAUGACGGAAGAUGAAGUCAAGAACUUCAGGAUCAAUCCAUUUGACGCCACCAAGGAGUGGCCGCAGGAUGAGUUCCCUUUAAUCAGGGUCGGAAAAUUGGUACUCAACGAAAACCCCAUCAACUACUUUGCCGAAAUCGAGCAGCUGGCCUUCUGUCCGGUGAGGCUGGUGCCAGGCAUAGAGCCCAGUCCGGACAAGUUGCUUCAGGGAAGGCUCUUUGCUUACACGGACACCCAGAGAUAUCGACUUGGCGUCAACUUCAACCAAAUCCCCGUCAACAUCCCGUCCAAGUCGCCGGCGAGAAACUAUGAGCGAAAUGGUUUCGCGAAUGUUAAUGGAAACCAGGGACCCGGUCCACAUUAUUAUCCGAACAGCUAUGGAGGCCCACAAGAACACCCCGUCUAUUUGGAAACGCCUUUUGAAGUAUGUGGCACCGCUACGAGGUACAACUCUUCCGAUGACGAUAAUUUCACUCAAGCGAGAAUAUUUUAUGAGCAAAUGAACGAAGAUCAAAAAGGCCGGCUGAUUCAGAACAUCGUGGACAGUCUCUCACAAGCCCAAGAGUUCAUCCAACAACGCCAGUUGAAUAAUUUCCGCCAAGCGAGUGAAGACUUCGCCGACAGACUGACGGCAGGGCUAACCGCCAAGAAGCAAGGAGUGAUGAUGCAAGAAGCAUCCGACCAAGAAGAAGCAAAUUUUAGCUUUGAUGAAGAAUUCGACUUCGGCAUUGGGGAAGGUUACGGUGGAGGGGUCGAAUCCGUCGGGCGAACGGAAUUUCUCGGGCAGACGAAAUUCGGCGGAAAUGAAGAAGUUAAGCAGCAGACGGCAUUUAACGGACAAAGACUUCUUGUGAAGAAUAUUCGUGUAUAGAUCAGAGCGGGAUAAAUAAGCAAGUUGCAUUGUGGUUUCAAAUAGUAAUUCAUCUCCGAUAUCGAUUACAGUUUCAUCAAUGGGAUGUAUGAAAUUUAAUAAAUCAAUUUUGAAUGGUUUUUUAUGUAAUAAAAAAAAAUGAAAUGAAUCUUUUUCCUAAAUUAAAUUGUCUUA